GUACAACAAAUUUUAGAUAGACUGAAAAGAGAGUUGGGGGCAGAGCAAGACUCUGCAACUGUAAGAGCUAAAGCUGGAGAGGACAAAGUUGAAGUUGGAUCGCAGAUGGAGGAGAACGAAGGCGGCGGUGCCGGUGGUGGUGGGACUGGGACUAGGACCUACAGCCACAUCUGGUGGGCCCUAGCUAGUGCUGCACAGUUGGGGUGGGCCAUAUCUUCCUUCAAAAGAGGCCACGCCGGCGACUCCCACUUCAUGCCCUUCAAAGCCUUCUCCGUCGCCUCCCUCUUCGUCGGAGCCACCGCAACCGCCGCCGUUUCCGCCCUCCACGUCUCUGGCAUCCACAAGGUGGAAGACCUCCUAGAAGUGGGUGCAAAUAUAAGAACUGGACUUGGAGUUCGUCCAAGGGCACGAGAUAAAUAAGUUACUUCUCGUAUACAUAAAUUGGAAUAUUUUUGUUAUUUUUUAGGCACUGAGUUUUAUUUCUGAGAAUGAUUGUAGCUUUGUCCGACCGUCUUCUUCGACGAUCAUUGUCUAUAUUUUUUAAUGAAAACAAAUCCAUUUACAGAGAA